UACGUAUGCACUGCACAACAGACGGGGCAUUUCAUCAGACAAGACGCUAGCUGAGACAUUCACCACAAAUUACGCCGCAGGUUAACCUACCAAGACAUUUAACAAGCGUCUGACAAAACAGUGAGCACGCUAAGUGUUGACCUGAGCCUGACACUACUGCAUCAGUUUCGUCGUGAGAAGACAACCAUAUCGGACUUACCGGCAGCCCUCCCUCUCUCUCAGACGACACUAUUCUUCUCUCAGAGGACAACAUUCUUCUGCAAAGAGCUGAGAGAACGGAGCACAUAAAAUAUAUUACGAUAAACUGGACUUGAACUAGUCGAUACACAAGAGGAUCCAGAGUGUCGCCGAACUCCAUCUUGUCACGCUAAAUACUAACAAACAUGGCUUCAAAAUCCGGCCAAUCAAUUAUCAAAGCACAGUAUCAUUUUAGACCAAAAGGACAACUUAAGUGUGAGGUCCACAAACAAAAUGACAUUAUCUUUUUAUGCCAGGACUGUAAAAUGUUAAUCUGUUCAAAGUGCUCGAUCACUCUCCACAAACAUCAUAUAGACAGUUUUCUGGAGAUAUCUGACAUCAAAACACAGCACAAUCAAAUACUCCAGGACUUUGUCAAUGAGACAGAAAAUGUAAAUAUUCCAAAACUAAACCAAGAAAUCAUCUCAUCUCGAACAAAACUGACUUCGUGUAAACCUUUGUACGAUAAAUUUCGCAAAAACAUCAUCGACAAUACUAAAAAAUGUAAGUUAGAGUUAGACAAAAUCACUGAGGAUUAUAUCGCUCUUUGUGACAAGAUGGAGGUGGCGGCCAUGGACCUAAUACAGACCCACAUCACAGACCUGGAGAGUAGACUGGAAACUUUGAGGGAACUCUCAUCAGAGUAUAAACAGACUCUCCAGACAGGAACCGCUGUACUCGUGUACGACUCGGUAACAGAAAUCCGGGAAAUGGAUCCAGACAUCCCACCGACACCUAACAUAGACAUGGCCGAGUUUACUCCGGGUAUGGACAGACUAAGUCACUUGAAACAGGCCCUCGGGAACCUCAAACUUCCUACUGACCAUCUCCAGGUAGGAUCGGCAACUAGUGGUCACUCCGACCAACGUCCAGUAGUCCGACCAAAACAAUCUACAGAGACUGGUCAAGCGUCCACUGGAGAAAUCCGGUACAAACUUCGUGACCGUCCAACCGUCAUGUCCCAGUUCCCAUACCCGGGUAACAUCUGGUCGAUCUGCCCUACAUCUGAUGGACGUGCGUGGCUGUGUGACUAUACCAACACAGUAAAUCUCAUCGACAACCAAGGUCAGGUCAUACAGACGAUACAACACAGCAGUAACAUCAGGGACAUCAGUCUGGACCCCACCACAGGUCGUCUGUGGUUCUGUUGUUUUGGUGAUAACACUAUCUGUGAAGUAUCUACAUCAUAUACACCAGUCACAAGAUUCACUACAGAGGAUUACCCAGUCAGACUGUGUGUGACCAGGGAGGGUCGGGUAGUGGUGGGUACACGGGGUAUAGGAAAGGGGUACAAGGUAGGGGUGUAUACAGUGGACGGUCAGGUGUUACAUACAUACAUUGUGGGGGGGGUACGUACCGUCAAUAUCACAAUGUGGUGUUACAGGUAAUAUAGCUGUAGUAAUGGAUGGUAAACGUAUCAUCGUGUACAACUCAACACUCCAGCCCCUGGUCCAGUACCGGGGGGAGGGGAUACGGGCCCAGGGGGAGGGGAUACAAACCUGGGGUUGGAUUUUUAACUGGAUACUGUUAACACCAGACAAGUUUGGUCCUCGUACAGUUGUAUAUGACAGUAAGGGUAAUAUUGUUAUUGCUGACGAGACAAGGAAAACAAUAGAACUGAUAAGUGGAGCAGGGAAGUACAUAAAAACUCUUCACACAAACAAAGGAUACCAGGGAGUAGUAGGUAUACAGAAGGGUGAUGUGUUGUGGUCACACUUAGUGUUAGAUACAGGAAAGUGGGGACUCAAACUCCUCAAGUAUUAUAGUGACUGAGUGACACAACCUUGAGUGAGAAUACAGACAAUUUAUAUCAGUGGACUUAAACAACAUUAACUUUUUAGUUCGAUAUCAUAUCUUACUUUUAUCAACGUUUAUCUACACAUUACAUCAGAAAUGUAAUUAAUGUUGAAAUAUUUUGUCGUUAUUUUUUCGCGUUGUUUUAAGCAACACAAUUAUAUAAAGGAUGUUAACCACCCAACUGAUUUGAAAAUGUUGUAUAUUUUAACAGAGACCGUUUAUUUGGAAUACGUGUAAUCUUAGUUGACUUAGUACAUGUGUAUUGGGUUUGAAACUUGUAACCACGUCACUGUGAUACAUUUCAACUACCGUAAUGAAAUCUGAAAUCAACACUCCUGUAUCUGUUUUAGGUGUCUGUGGAUCUUACCAAAACUAUUUUACCCACAAAUACUUGGUAUGACCCCGAAAUAUAUUAUUUUUGUCCCGAUACAUGUACAACAUGUACUGUAGUACAGCCAUUGUCACUGUUUAUAAUAUGUAUCCAGUUUAGUUUGAGGAGGUCAUGACCCUGUCUAGACCUGUUGUGUACCAAUCAUUUGUAAAUAUUUAUGUUUUAUGUCAUUAAAAUUACCGCAUUGAUACUUAUUAAGUGAUGUAUAAUAUGGAUGUUCAUUUUACGUGACGUCACGAAUUGUACCACCAUUGUUACAGUUUAAUAUGUAGUGUCAACAGGUCAUGACCCUGUCUGGUCCUGGUGUGUACCAAUCAUUUGUAAAUGUCAUCGUUUACAUGUAAUAAAAGUUACUGUUACGUUACUGAA